UGAAGAUUUAUGAAACAUCCUUGUAACAAAAAAAACUCGAGAUAGAGUAAUUUUUAACUUGUAACUUCGUGAUCAGUUCUUUAGAUAAUUUAAAGAUAUUCUUUUAUUCAAUUGACUUCCUAAAAAUGUCACAUGAACUAUUAUAUCUGUGCAACUUUGAUGAUAAUCCUGAUUCAAUCAUUGAUGAUAAAAUCAAGAAGCUAUGGUGUAAUAAAUGGUGUAUAGAAGAUGUAAACCUAUGUAAAGAGUUAUUUACCAGAAGGUUAGAAACAGAUGAACUAAAAUCUCUUCUAAAAACACAAAGUGAUUAUGAAAAUUAUUCAAGUAAUAUGCUGGAAAUGGCUAUAAUUUCUCUACUAAGAUAUUGUGACUACAACUGGAAUCCGCAUCCCGAAAAUUUUGAUAUAAAUUGUUUUUUUAAGAAUAAAUGGCCAAGUGAUAUUAAUAUUAAUGAAAAAAUGCAAAGAGAUUCAGAACCGUUGCAAACAAAUAUCAGGCAUGCAGAGUUAUUGUAUUUUUCAGAUCAAAUAUUUAGUACUCUAUCAGGUAUUGAGCCAACUUAUUUAAAUCUAUGGUGGAACUUCCGAAGUAAAGUAGCUCACCAAAGAGCAUUAGAAGAUACAAGUGCUACACUGUUUGCUGAACUUGAACUCAUAAUAGCUAAGCUUUCAAAUAAAAUGCAACAAUUGCAAGAUAAACCUCGAAUUAAGUUAUUAUUAUGUUUAGAAAUAGCACAAGCAUACCUCAUCUAUGGAAGGAUUCAAAAAGUAGAGGAGUAUUUACUUAAAGCAAGAGAGAUUGCUGGAUUGAAGCUAGAAUUGACGGGGAUACUCGGCAAAAGAACAAAAUAUCAACAGAAUGCAUUACCUCAAUUGGCAUUAACUAGUGAUCUGGAUUCUACUGUUGAACGUCCCUCAGCUGAAGAGAGUCAUGGUACUGCAGACUUGCCAACUGAUAUUGAACUCCAAGAUGAUGUCAGACUUGAUAAGAUUCAAUACUUGGAGAAGAUCACGCAAACUCAGUUGCCUAGUUUGGAGCAAACAUUGUGUUUGCUGACUGUCCAGUACAUACAAAAAUCCCAACCCAAAGACGAUUUAAUGAAAGAAGAAUUGCAACCGUAUAUAGAGGCUGUACUGUCUCAAAGGCGAGGUCCCUGGUCGACGCGGGUGGCAGCAUUGCUCAUCAGAUGUAAAAUAGAAGCUAAUCACAAACGCACAGUAGAACGAGCCAUGCUACAAUGCGAAACAAUCGUUAAUGAAAAGACAAACGUUUUGGGUACCACGAGAUUAUCAUAUCUCUGGGCGAGCGGUCUCCCCGCGUCAUGGACGUGGCGCCAGCAGCUGGCCGACCUGUACCAGAGCCUGGGGCUCGUGAAGGCAGCACUCGAGGAGUAUCAGAAACUACAACUUUGGGAAGAUGUUAUAGUUUGUUACACUAUACUCCAACUGAGGCAUAAGGCAGCAGAAGUUAUACAACAACAGAUUGACGCAAAUCCGACAGUCAAGCUGUACUGUUUGCUGGGCGAUGCUACAGACGACAUUAAAUGUUACGAAAAAGCCUGGAAAUUUUCUGAUCAUAAAAGUAGCCGAGCACAGCGCCACUGGGGAAAUUUUCUGUUCGAUCACAAGAAGUAUGAAGAAUGCAUACCGCAUUACGAAAAGUCGGUCGAAAUUAAUUCCAUACAAGAAAGCGUUUGGUUGAGAUUGGGUUACGCAGCGCUAACGACAGAGAACUGGGAGCUGUCGGCGAGGGCGUACCGUCGAUACACCUACCUCAACCCUAACUCGUUCGAGGCUUGGAAUAACCUCGCCAAAGUCUACGUGAAACAGGGAGACAAGUAUCGAGCGUACAGAGCCCUCAUGGAAGCUCUCAGAUUCAAUUACGACAACUGGAAGCUGUGGGAUAAUGUAAUUAUUGUGAGUAUGGACACCCUACACUUUGAGGACGUUAUUCGCGGCUGUCACAGACUUUUGGAUUUACAGAAUAAAUUUGAAGAUGUAGAAGUACUGACAUUGUUGGUUCGGGCCAUUUUAAAUGAUACCAAAGACGCCGACGGAAAUGGUGCUGCCAGGUUAAGGAAAAGAGUACUCGAGUUAUUCGGGAGGAUAACUGCUGUGCAUCACAAUAAACCUGACAUAUGGAUACUGUAUUCCGAUAUUAGUCCCACGUUUUUGUUGAAGGCACAAAGACUCAUGAAAGCGUACCGGGCGUACACACAGAACGGCAACUGGCCCAGCGACCCAGAGGCUUGUAAAAAGGUUAUCGACCUAGCGUUAUCUGUCCUCGAAACGAGUUUAAAGGCGAGACAGGAAUGCGAGGACAAGGACCGGCUCCAAGCCGACCAGCAGCUGUCGUCGGCUCGGCUGACGGGGCAAGCGGUGCUCAGGGCUGCCGAGAAACAUAACUGGCCAGAAACACAAGACACGCUCGCGGAGCUGAGAGAAACCUUCAAUGUUGUCACUGAAUAUAUAAAAUCUGUUAUGUGAA